CAGCCAUGUCCUUGAGCAGUGGCCGGCAGCAGAGGGACGUGGCCUUUGUAUGGCCUUAGAAUCCUGAGAAAAAGCAGUGACCAGAGGUGGGAAGGGCAGAGUUGAAGGGACAGGCAAGAAUUUAUGUCUCCCGUCUCCUCUGACCCACUCAGCAGUCUCUCAGCACAUGGAGUUUUCCACACCAGGGGAGCCCCCACUCAGCUUCCUCCAAAACCUCUGCCCUUCCCUCCCUUUGUCUUCCUGCAUCCUCUCCUUCCUCUUCCCCAUCCCUCUCCUUAGGGAAGGGGGCCGCUGGUGGGGGUUAGGAAAUGGGCAUUUGGCAUGGAGUCGGCAGAGGUCUUGGGAGAGGUUAGGAACCCAGGACAUCUGAGUUGCAGAAGGAAGGUCAGGACCCAGUCCGCACCCAGCCUGCUCUGCCCCGCCCCUCCUGCCCCGCCACCCACCUUACUCCCCACUCCCCCCAUCCCCCACCUCCGUGCCAGGCUCAGCGUGGGCCUGCCUUGCUUCACUGCAUACCUCUCGUUCUUCAGCCCAGCAACCCAGCUUGGGGGGGCGGGGAGGGGAUUGGGGAGGAGGCACCUGUGGGGAACACGGAGGAGCCUGACGUGGGGAGGGGGGGCUACACCUCAGUGCAGCGAUGUCCCAUGUGACUGUCUGGGUGUAGGAUGGGACCCCUGGAACUGAGCCAGGGGAGAACCACAGCUGUCCUGGCUGUGGCCUUGGGGCAGGAAAUGAGACCAUCUAUGCCAGGACAGGUGCUCAGCCUUACCUUGGGGUGGGGACCCAGAGGUUUCUAAUCUGUUGUAAUUAAUAGAGCUGGUGACAGUUCCGAUAACUCUGAGCUGCUUAGAUUAUCAGAGGAUCACAUCCUGGGCUUGUGAGUUCCCCUUUGGGGCCCCUUGGCAGCAAGAUCAAGCGUUUUGCGUAGAGUCAAAGAUCAACCCAACAUGGGGGAAAUUCAAGUUCAGGAAGUUGAAGUUUGGAGGAAAGCAACCUCCUGGUGGCCUCACCCUGGGCCUUGGGCACCCAGACCCAGGGCAUUCACCAAGUAUCGAGCCAUUCAUACUCACGGGGAGCUGUGGUCGGUAGUCAUGAUUCUUAAUGCAACCUACAAAGUGCAGAGUAGUCGUUCUAGUUCACGGAAGCAGAAACAAGCUCAAGGGGCUCAAACUUCAUGCCCAUGUCGCCUUGGUAAAUGAUGGGACCUGGUUUGAAUCCAGGUUGGGUGGAUUCCAGAGCUGUGGAUUUCCCCUGGAUACUCAUACCUUUAUUCAACCUUAAUCUUCCUUGGAGACUCAAUGCCUCAACCUAGUUCUCACCAACAUUCAGAGAGGGUGGCUCCGCUCCCUCGAUCCUUCCCCACCGAGAGGCGCAGGGUACCCGUCUCGUCUCUCAGCCACCUUCUCUCUCCUUGUCCCUCUUGCUCCAUUCUCUGGCCCCCGAUGAAAGCCGAGUCAGAGGCACACGUUUCCCCUUGGCUCCCAGUGCCUCCCAUGGGAGCCCCUCCUUGGCAGCAUCCGUUAGUCACUCCCUGCUGCCUCACGUACGCUCCUGGCUCAUUCCUCUGAUCAACCUGCAGGGAAGUGAAGAGACCCGGAGAGAGGGCAGGAGACCAACCGAGACAGACCUGGGCCAAGGAAGAGGCAGAGGCUGCAGCCUGCCUCCCUCUCUCUCCCCAGCCUGCCUUAACUGCCCUCCUUAGCCAAAGCCCCUUCAAAUUCUCCUGGGGCUCAGCCCCUCCCCCUCUCUGGGGCCCAGGUGUCCCCUCGGGGUCUGUGUCCCAGCAUGUCGGCGGCCGUGGAGAUCUUCGGCUUCUUCGUCACAGCCCUGGGGCUACUGAUGCUGGGGGUGACCCUGACACACAGCAGCUGGCGAGUGUCCACUGUGCACGGGAACGUCAUCACUACCAACACCAUCUUCGAGAACCUCUGGUACAGCUGUGCCACAGACUCCCUCGGCGUCUACAACUGCUGGGAGUUCCCAUCCAUGCUGGCCCUCUCUGGAUACAUCCAGGCCUGCCGGGCGCUCAUGAUCAGCGCCAUUCUCCUGGGCUUCCUGGGCCUCUUCCUUGGCAUGGUGGGGCUGCACUGCACGAACAUUGGGAGCCUGGAGCUCUCCAGGAAAACCAAGCUGGCGGCCACCGCAGGGGCCCUACACAUACUGGCUGGGCCUAGUGUGGUUCUCCUCUCCCUCCCCCAGGUGUCUGCGGGAUGGUGGCCAUCUCCUGGUACGCCUUCAACAUCACCCGGGACUUCUUCGACCCCUUGUAUCCCGGAACCAAGUACGAGCUGGGCCCUGCCCUCUACCUGGGCUGGAGCGCCUCCCUGCUCGCCAUCCUGGGCGGCAUCUGCCUCUUCUCCAACUGCUGCUGCUCUCAGGACGAAGACCCCAUCGCCAGCGUCCGGCUUCCCUACAAGGCCUCGGCGAUGCCUGCCAAAAGCCUCACUGCCCGCCUGCCUACCGCAGCAUCAGGUGACGCGGGUGACAGUAGCUUUGGCAAGUACGGGAAAAAGGCUUACGUGUAGGAGGCCUGGCCAUGGACCGCAUUCCCUUCCCACUGCCCCCAGUGGAGAGGGGUACCCGGAACCCCAGGGCUGCAGGCGCUGGCCCCUACUCGUGGUAACGAGCUCAGGGCCAAGCCAAGCUUCAGGCUCCAACCCGGUGCCCGGAUGCCACGCCCAGCUCUGGCCUCAGGCCCUGCCUUCCCUGUCGGAGCUCUGCCGUGGUCAUGCCUCUUUCAUCUGGCCUGGAUCCUGUCACACCAAGAACCCAACUCCUGAGAACUCACCUUUGGCCCCUGACGCUGGACCCCUCUUAACUUUCUGAGUCUGGGUUUUGGGCCGUUGAGGGGGCGGAGGCAUCCUCAGAUGUUUGUAGUCUGUGUAAAUACAUGCAUAAUAAAUGUGU